CCCCCGGCACUGGGAGCGCACCGAGGAGGCGGCUGGAGGGGGGGAAGCGCCCGGCGAGCCCCGAGUUUGGCCGCUUGCAGCAGCCCGCGAGCCCGGGGCGGGGGGGGGGAACCGAACCUCGCCUCGCAGCCGCCCGGUCCCCGGCCUCACCUGCCCGCCACGCUGGCGCACCUGCUGCCGGCCCCGGCCAUGUACAGCAUGCUGGAGAGCGAGCUCAAGAGCCCCCAGCCCGCCGCCGGGGGCCCGGCGGGGGCUGCGGGCAAGGGCGGCGGGGGAGCGAGCGGCGGAGCCGGGGCGGACCAGGACCGGGUGAAGCGGCCCAUGAACGCCUUCAUGGUGUGGUCGCGGGGCCAGCGGCGGAAGAUGGCCCAGGAGAACCCCAAGAUGCACAACUCGGAGAUCAGCAAGCGCCUCGGGGCCGACUGGAAGCUGCUGAGCGACGCCGAGAAGCGGCCCUUCAUCGACGAGGCCAAGCGGCUGCGGGCCGUGCACAUGAAGGAGUAUCCGGAUUACAAAUACCGGCCCCGCCGGAAGACCAAGACCCUGCUGAAGAAGGACAAGUACUCGCUGCCCGGCAACCUGCUGGCCCCCGGCGGGGCCAGCGCCGUCAGCAGCCCCGUCGGGGUGGGCCAGCGCCUGGACACCUACGCCCACAUGAACGGCUGGAGCAACGGGGCGUACUCGCUGAUGCCGGAGCAGCUGAGCUACGGGCAGCACCCGGCCAUGAACAGCCCCCAGCUGCCGCAGAUGCACCGCUACGACAUGAGCGGCCUGCAGUACAGCCCCAUGAUGUCCACGGCGCAGUCCUACAUGAACGCGGCUUCCACCUACAGCAUGUCCCCCGCCGCCUACGGCCAGCAGCCCGGCACGGCCAUGAGCCUGGGCUCCAUGGGCUCGGUGGUGAAAUCCGAGCCCAGCUCGCCGCCGCCGGCCCUCACCUCCCACUCCCAGCGGGCCUGCCUGGGGGACCUGCGGGAUAUGAUCAGCAUGUAUCUCCCGCCCGGGGGGGACGCCACAGACCCUUCCAGCCUGCAGGGCAGUCGGUUGCACAGUGUCCACCAGCACUACCAGAGUGCCGGGACUGGGGUCAAUGGCACUGUACCGCUGACUCACAUCUGAGACUGCUCUGCCCUCAGCCCAACCUAACCCGCUCCGGGGACAGCUGGUUGCUCGCUUGAGCAGACUGGGACUCAAUGCACCUCCCCGGGAAGACUUUUUUUUUUUAAAAGGAAGGUUCGAUGUCGCGUGUGUCUUUUGUACAAAAAGAAAUGUGGGGGGGUGUGUGGACUGGUUUUCUCUAAUAGAGCACAAAUGUCUCCUGGGAAGUUUUAAAACCGCAGCCACUUCUUUCCUGGUUUCUGAUAGGCUGGCGCUCUCUUUUAUUCUUUUUUUAAAAAAAAAAAUUGCAAAAGCCGUUUUAAAGGUCUGGUCUAUUUCAGUUUGAGUGUAGCGGUGGAAUGGAAACGUGGCGGGCUUUUCUUCAAGCUCAGCUGUUUACAUUUUUGUCGCCUUUUUUUAGUGUCCUUCUCCCCAGUGUCCUGCUCCAGGUUUAAUCCGAAUCGUGUAGCUUCCACGACCUCGAAGGGGGGGGGGGCGGAAGCUGGGUGAGUCACUAACGCAAAGUCUUGUUUAACUUGCAGGAAGUUUUGUGUGUUUUGGGUUGUUUUUUUUUGUCCCCCUUCCCCCCCCCCCCCAGCUUGUAAACUUCUGUAACUCGGUCUGUGAAUUUCACUAUGACGCCGUUUUGACCUACCACGCCACAAACGCUUUAGUUUUUGUCUCUCCGGUUUCUUAAGACUUUAGCCUGUGAAACGCCCCUUUUUCUCUCCCCCCCCCCCCCCCC